CUUGUUUCUCCCUGUAAAUCACUUAAAGCUCUUUCGCUUCUCUCUCUGAGUUUAUCUCUCUGUGAGGCGAUCCCUAAUCCAAAUCCUAGUUUCCUUUUGUUUCAAUCUAAAGAUUGUUAAUUUUUCUCACAUUCUGCUUCUAAUUGCAUUCAAUUUCUCUGGUUGCUCUGCUUAGUUUUCUAUUGCCCAAGAUAAUUGCACGGCUUGGAUGCUGUUUGGAUUUUCUGUUCUUGGGAUCGAUAACGCAUAUUUCUAGCCAAUUAAACGGAAUUGCAAAAGAUUUUGGUUUGGUGUUUUGUUUCUUGGGUUGAUCGAUUGGCGUUGCUGUGGGGCGCGGAUUUGUCUUUGGGUGCGUGAGAGGUUGGAUUUUACAUUCAAGAUUUUUUAUUUGUGAUGAGAAUCGUAAUCAGAGAAUGAACGAUGCCGGUUCUGCGUAGCGGAGCGCGCAGGGGCCGGCGAGCAGCAGCAAAGCAGCAGGCAAAACCGACCGUGUCAGGGGACGCGAUCGCAACAAGGACACGCAGAAGGCAAGCGGAAGCAGCUGCCGCUGGGGCUGCUCCUGAAAAUAAUAAUAUUAACAACGAUAACGAUAAGAACCAGCAGCAGCAGCCGGUGGAUGAAAACGUAGUCGCUGUUGCUGCAGUAGUGGCGGCGGCGGCGGCAACAGUAGCGGUGAACCACGGGGUGAAUAGGGGUGUAGAAGGGGGGGCGGCAGUUGCUGGUAUUGGCGCUAUUGGUGGAGGGGAGGAAAAGAAGGAAGAAGUUGGAGAGAAGCUUAUGGACGACUACGGUAGUGGCGGGAAAAGUAAUGAUAAAGCCAAUGCAGGUGAAGAUGAGGGGAGCACUGCUCCACUUCCUGAAAAGGUUCAGGUUGGCGGUUCCCCACUUUACAAAUUAGAAAAAAGGUUGGGCAAGGGUGGCUUCGGUCAAGUAUAUGUUGGUCGACGCCUUUCUCCUGUUGCUUCAAAUGAUAGAACUGGCCCUGGAGCUGUAGAGGUGGCCUUAAAAUUUGAGCAUAGAAGUAGUAAAGGAUGUAACUAUGGACCACCAUAUGAGUGGCAAGUUUAUAGCUUUCUUGGUGGCAGUCAUGGAAUACCACGAGUACACUACAAGGGUCGGCAAGGUGACUAUUUUAUCAUGGUUAUGGAUAUUCUGGGGCCAAGCUUGUGGGAUGUUUGGAAUAAUAACUCUCAUACAAUGUCCAUUGAAAUGGUUGCUUGUAUUGCCAUUGAAGCAAUAUCAAUAUUGGAGAAGAUGCACUCUAGAGGUUAUGUUCAUGGAGAUGUGAAGCCGGAGAAUUUUCUUCUUGGUCCUCCAGGAACUCCUGAUGAGAAAAAGUUAUUUCUUGUUGAUCUUGGAUUAGCUACCAGGUGGCGAGAUACUUCAACUGGUCUGCAUGUUGAAUAUGACCAAAGGCCAGAUGUUUUCAGAGGAACAGUUCGAUAUGCUAGUGUGCAUGCCCAUUUGGGGAGAACAGCUAGUAGAAGAGAUGAUUUAGAAUCACUUGCUUACACCCUAAUUUUCCUUCUCCGAGGUCGUUUACCUUGGCAAGGGUACCAGGGAGAGAAUAAGGGCUUUCUUGUUUGUAAGAAAAAGAUGGCAACAUCUCCAGAGUGCCUCUGUUGCUUCUGUCCACAGCCUUUCAAGCAGUUUGUUGAAUAUGUGGUGAACUUGAAGUUUGAUGAAGAACCUAAUUAUGCAAAAUGCGUUUCUCUGUUUGAUGGGAUUGUUGGUCCAAAUCCAGAUAUCAGGCCAAUUAACACAGAAGGUGCUCAAAAGCUUAUUUAUCAGGUUGGUCAUAAGAGAGGUCGGUUGUCUGUGGAGGAAGAAGAGGAUGAACAACCGAAGAAAAAGGUUCGAAUGGGCAUGCCUGCAACACAAUGGAUUAGCGUGUACAAUGCUCGAAGACCUAUGAAGCAAAGGUAUCACUAUAAUGUGGCUGAUGCAAGACUUGCCCAGCACAUUGAAAAAGGAAAUGAAGAUGGCUUGUUUAUUAGCAGUGUAGCUUCAUGUCAAAACCUGUGGGCCCUGAUCAUGGAUGCCGGUACUGGUUACACUGCACAAAUCUAUGAACUAUCGCCACAUUUUCUUCACAAGGAUUGGAUAAUGGAGCACUGGGAGAAGAAUUACUAUAUCAGUGCAAUAGCUGGAGCUGCUAAUGGAAGCUCCUUAGUUGUUAUGUCUAAAGGUACUCAGUAUUUGCAGCAGUCAUAUAAAGUCAGUGAUUCAUUUCCUUUCAAAUGGAUUAACAAAAAAUGGAAGGAGGGAUUCCAUGUUACUGCAAUGGCCACCUCAGGGAGUAGAUGGGGAGUUGUUAUGUCUCGUGGUGCAGGGUUUGCACAUCAGGUUGUUGAACUUGAUUUCCUUUAUCCAAGUGAAGGCAUACAUCGUCGAUGGGAUCAUGGAUAUCGGAUUACAGCAACUGCAGCUACUUGCGAUCAGGCUGCUUUUGUUCUUAGUGUGCCAAGAAGGAAACCUCCAGACGAAACACAGGAGACGCUUCGAACUUCUGCUUUUCCUAGUACCCAUGUCAAGGAGAAAUGGGCGAAGAAUUUAUACAUUGCCUCAAUGUGUUAUGGACGAACGGUGUCAUGAGCAACACCUCUCGCUCUCUUCUCAUUCUCUCCCUGUAGCUGUUGGUUGAGAAGGGAAACGCUGGUUUUCUGAAGUGGCAAUGUCAAGGCGUAGAGGAAUUUUGAUGAGUAAAUAGCUUUUUAUCAAUGGUAAUCAAAGUAUAGAAGUUCUGGGUUAUGCCUGUCAUUUAUGUGAAAUUUCUCCUGCCUAAGUCUGAUCCGCCAGAGAUGGGCAUGAUUUUUUCAACUUUUUUGUACAGUCUUUGAAUAAUUACUUUUAACUAGAACAUCAUGUAGGAUUCAUGAUCCUCUUCGCGUGGGAUGUUGACUUUGCUUUUUGUAUGUUAGUGAUAGUGUUUCUUUCUUUC